GGAGAGGGAGGAGGAGGGAGGUGGCGGCGCCUUGGCGGAGGAGCAGGAGCAGGAGGGGGAUGGAGAGGAGAAGGCUCCUGGGUGGCAUGGCGCUCCUGCUCCUCCAGGCGCUGCCCAGGCCCCUGUCAGCCAGGGCUGAACCCCCGCAGGAUAAGGAAACCUGUGUGGGUACCAACAAUCAAAGCUACAUCUGUGACACAGGACACUGCUGUGGACAGUCUCAGUGCUGCAACUACUAUUAUGAACUCUGGUGGUUCUGGCUGGUGUGGACUAUCAUCAUCAUCUUGAGCUGCUGCUGUGUCUGCCACCACCGCCGAGCCAAGCACCGACUUCAGGCCCAACAGCGGCAACAUGAAAUCAACCUGAUUGCCUACCGGGAAGCUCACAAUUACUCAGCGCUGCCAUUUUAUUUCAGGUUUUUGCCAAACUAUUUACUACCUCCUUAUGAGGAAGUGGUGAACCGACCUCCAACUCCUCCCCCACCAUACAGUGCCUUCCAGCUCCAGCAGCAGCAGCAGCAGCAGCAGCAGCAACAGCAACAGCAACAGCAGCAGCUGCCUACCCAGUGUGGCCCUGCAGGUGGCAGCAACCCUGGCACCCAUCCUACCAGGGACUCCCAGGGGGUGCAGAGCAGCCCCUUGUCUGGGCCCAGCAGAAGCAGCACAAGACCCCCUAGCAUUGCUGACCCUGAGCCCUCCGAUGUGCCUGCUGACCCAGAAGCCACCAAAGCUCCUGGAAUGGAGCCCAGCGGCUCUGUGGCUGGCCUAGGGGAGCUGGAGCCUGAAGCCUUCACGGACAAGGAUUCUGAGUGUAAGGAGGAGCUGCUGAAAGAUGACAGCUCUGAUGUGGGCAGCGUCCUCCCCGACAGCAAAGACAAGACACCUGGCAGACAUCGCCGCUUCACAGGUGACUCGGGCAUUGAGGUGUGUGUAUGCAAUCGGGGCCACCACGACAGUGACCUUAAAGAGUUCAGUGCACUCAUUGAUGAUGCUCUGGAUGGACCCCUGGAUUUCUGUGACAGCUGCCAUGUGCCGACCCCUGGAGAUGAGGAAGAAGGGCUCUGCCAGCCCUCACAGGAGCAAGACCGAGAGCCUGGCCACCCCCACCUACCACGGCCACCUGCGUGCCUGCUGUUGAACACCAUAAAUGAGCAGGACUCCCCAAACUCCCAGAGCAGCAGCUCCCCCAGCUAGAGCAGGCUCUGCCUGAACCUGAGAACAUGGCAAAGCAUCCAGGGUGGAGAGAACCAUGAGAGAAGCAUUAAAUGACUUUCAGAGAAAAGUGGCACAGCCACUUUGUUCUUUUUUGUUUUGUUUUUUUUUUGUUGUUGUUGUUGUUGUUGUUGUUCCUUCUCUCCUGUGUCUCCAGGUAGAGUUUCAUGUGUGGUUGCCUGUCCACACACAGAAACAGUGUCAUGGAGAGCUGAGAAGUUGGUUCUGUGACUCAUUCCGCCAUCCCCCUUCCCUCUUGUGUUAUUUCUUACAUCCCUCUUGGGGGACAGUGAGGUGUGUGAUUUAGGAGUCCUCAAGGAUGGGGCUGAGCUGUGUCCUGAGAUGACUCUUAGUGAUGUAGUAGACUCAUGCUUUGGUGUUAGUUUCAGAGAACCUCGGUGUGUCUCAGUCCACGUGAAGAAAGAUGCCCAUAGGGGCCCAGGGAUUGGCACCCCUUUCUGCCAUGUGUACAGUGCUUUGACUGGGUUAAUCCUGUGGAGGCUGAGAACCAGUGGGCAGUGGCGUGGUAGGUACGCAGUGGGCUUACUGCUCUUACUCUGUCUGGUGACAAGUAUGAUGUACCACUGAGCUUUUGUGAGCUGCCCCUUCCAGCAGGUUCUGGUUGACUGCAGAGGAUUGAGGUGUGGAAGGUUGAUUAUAUUGCCUUUUAUGUUUUUCUUCUUUAAACAAAGCAAGCUUAAAACAAGAACUUUGCCAGUGGGCAUGCAGGAAUUCUGUGCUGGAAAAGGGAAGUCUGUGGCACUUUCCCAGUUUGGCUUUCAAAGAUCCAGCUGCACUUGCUCCAUAAUGAGAGGUAUUGUGUGCAGGCUUGACUGGAAACUGUUGUUGGAAGGUCUGUGAGUGUGCUGGAGGCCAUCUGCCCCCACACUGGUAGAGUUGCAGCUUUCUGCGUCUCUGCCCCUUGGUCUGCGCCCACAGGUGACCAAGUCCUUCCCCCCUCAAGGACACUGUCUGCUGGCUUUCGUGUCUCCCUGUUCUAAAGGAACAAACAGGAGGCCAUGGGUCCUGAGAAAGUGCAGCCCUGAAUCCUGACUCACAGUGUUUUCUGGAGACUAUACAAGUCAUGUUUAAACUGACCACUGGGAAACGUUGCCUGGGUUAUCUGUUUUCAUGCCCUUUCCCUGCAACCCCUCUCUUUGAGGGGGGCUCUAAUUUUCCUAGCCCAUGUAAAGGCCAAGUGGCUCAGGUAGGGUGAAGGCUGCCAUCCAGAAGGACUUCGAGACCCAGGUAGGUAGUUUGACUGUAGGGGCCAGUUGAGCUUUGAUAGUUAAUUAUCUCAAUGGAGGAAACCAACAGUGAAACUAACAUUCCCUGUGCAGCCCUAUUCAGUGAAGUUUGUUCUUCCUCCAUUUUUAUCGAUGAUAUUCAGACAAGGCAUUGACCUUAAGGUAAAAGAAAAACCAAACUAACUAUAUCUAUAUAUAUCUAUAUAUAUAUAUAUAUACACACACACACACACAAC